AUGGCUCACACAGACCAGCAAUUUCGAAUUGUUAUACAACCGCAGAGAAUCUAUCGUGAACGAUAUCGAAGCGAACAAUAUAGAAAUGGAAAGCGACCACCACGUUUCAUUCUCGCUGAAGAUAACGACUCCAAGAUCAGAUAUCCAACUAUAGAGCUAAGUCCGAAUCGGCGUCUACUCGAACACAUUCAAAUUAACUCCCCCUCCAUGACCUGUUCACCGCCAUGCAUCCACGGUGGAACAUGUGAUCCGACGACUGCUGCCUGUAUUUGUGUAGGCCAAUGGAGUGGAGUGGCAUGCGCUACAUGUGGCUGUCAAAAUGGUGGAACCUGCAAUCCGACGACUGGUGCCUGCGCUUGUGUGGGCCAAUGGAGUGGAACAACAUGCACUACGUGUGGCUGUCAAAAUGGUGGAAGCUGCGAUCCGGCGACUGGAGCAUGUGCUUGUGUGGGCCAAUGGAGUGGAACGACAUGCACUACGUGUGGGUGUCAACACGGUGGAACAUGUGGCCCGACGACUGGUGCCUGCACUUGUGUGGGCCAAUGGGGCGGAACGACAUGCACUACGUGUGGCUGUCAAAAUGGUGGAACCUGCAAUCCGACGACUGGUGCCUGCGCUUUGACCUGUUCCCCGCCAUGCAUCCACGGUGGAACAUGUGAUCCGACGACUGCUGCCUGUAUUUGUGUAGGCCAAUGGAGUGGAGUGUCCUGUGCUACAUGUGGCUGUCAAAAUGGUGGAAGCUGCAGUCCGACGACUGGUGCCUGUGCUUGUGUGGGCCAAUGGAGUGGAACAACAUGCACUACGUGUGGCUGUCAAACUGGAGGAAGCUGCGAUCCGGCGACUGGAGCCUGCACUUGUGUGGGCCCAUGGGGCGGAACAACAUGCACUACGUGUGGGUGUCAACACGGUGGAACAUGUGGCCCGACGACUGGUACCUGCUCUUGUGUGGGCCAAUGGAGUGGAACGACAUGUACUACGUGUGGAUGUCAACACGGUGGAACAUGUGGCCCGACGACUGGUGCCUGCACUUGUGUGGGCCAAUGGGGCGGAACGACAUGCACUACGUUUUCUUGUGAAACAGUUGCUGGAGAUUCGAAUGGAUCAUCCGGCGUUACCGCAGGGCUACUCUACUAUCCGUAUGGUGUCUAUGUGGACAGCGCUGGAAAUGUGUAUGUAGCAGACACCUACAAUAGUCGCAUUCAGAAAUGGGCUCCCGGUGCCACGAGUGGAAUCACAGUUGCUGGAGAUUCGGGUGGAUCAUUCGGCAUUGCCGCAGGACUACUCUACUAUGCCGAUGGUGUCUAUGUGGACAGCGCUGGAAAUAUGUAUGUAGCAGACAACCGUAAUAGUCGCAUUCAGAAAUGGGCUCCCGGUGCCACGAGUGGAAUCACAGUUGCUGGAGAUUCGAAUGGAUCAUAUGGCUCUACCGCAGCGCUACUCUACUAUCCCAUUGGUGUCUAUGUGGAUAGCGCUGGAAAUGUGUAUAUAGCAGACUACCGUAAUAGUCGCAUUCAGAAAUGGGCUCCCGGUGCCACGAGUGGAAUCACAGUUGCUGGAGAUUCGAAUGGAUCAUCCGGCGUUACCGCAGCGCUACUCCACUAUCCGUUUGGCGUCUAUGUGGACAGCGCUGGAAAUGUGUAUGUAGCAGACACCUACAAUCAUCGCAUUCAGAAAUGGGCUCCCGGUGCCACGAGUGGAAUCACAGUUGCUGGAGAUUCGACUGGAUCAUAUGGCGUUACCGCAGCGCUACUCCACUAUCCCAUUGGCGUCUAUGUGGACAGCGCUGGAAAUGUGUAUGUAGCAGACUACAGCAAUCAUCGCAUUCAGAAAUGGGCUCCCGGUGCCACGAAUGGAAUCACAGUUGUUGGAAGUUCGAGUGGAUCAUCCGGUGUUACCGCAGGACUACUCUACUAUCCGUAUGGUGUCUAUGUGGACAGCGCUGGAAAUAUGUAUGUAGCAGACACCUACAAUAGUCGCAUUCAGAAAUGUUUUUAG